AUGCGCUUCUUCAGCACUGUCCUACUCCUCACCACGGCCUCGAUUAGCCUUGUGUCGGCUGGAGAUGUUUGCCCGGGCACCUACUGCACAAUCGGGUCCCGCUGCGGCUACGAUCCGAACGGGCCGCAUUGCUGCAGCGCUACCAACGCUCGAGAUGUCCUCGAAUGCGACGGCGGACAGUGGGCAUUCCGCAACAACUGCAAUGACAACCAGUUCUGCACUUGCACUGGCUCCAAGGACCUGGUCUGCCGCAACCGCAACCUCAUGGUGGCGGCGAAUUUCACCGCAUGA